CGGUUGAUUUCCGCUCUUAAAGGAUUCGCGCGCGUUGGCAGUCGUCGAGGAGAAGUUAAACUCAAAACAUUUUUUUUUAAAUCAAACAUUAUUGUUCAAGAUGUCGGACAUUAAACUACAGAAGUUUCGGGGCUUUUUAACUGAACGGUUUACCGCCGUGGCUGUGGAGAUAUUUGGAGAAUUUGAAACUAUUGUGGAGGCGUACUACGAGGAAAACAAACAUCUGAGGAAUGUACUGCACAUGGUGCUCAGCCCCGAGAUAAAGAUACCGAAGAUAGAUGCAAACCACUACACUGGGGCAGCCACAGAUGUCACAGAUCCUCCCCCUGAGCUGAACACUAGGGUGGACUUGGGAAUAUCCGAACCGUUGCCUAAAAAACCCAAAGAAGAGCAAACUGAAUAUGACAUAAGCUGGGGAUCAGGACAACAACAACAAGGGCCGGGGGAGGCUGAUAACUUUAUUACCCCAGAUUGUGUGAAAAACGACCCAAAAGAAGAAGAAGAAGAAGCAGUAGACACAAGCAUGCCCUACAUCGAGGACUCAUUUCAUAUCAAAGUGGUUGAGUCCAACCCUGACUCUUCGGCCACAGUCUCAGCUGAUGAAGAUGAGUUCAGCUCCACAUCGGACUCAGAUGCAGGAGUCACAGUUGUCCCACAGCCAUCCCGGAAUAAAGAAAGCACAAGUCAAACAUCCGAACAUGACAAACAUGAAACAAAAUCAGCGAAUAGCUUAAAGGACAUAAGUGACGGAGAGUCAGAUGGGGGAGAGGUGAUUGAGGGAGAGACGGACGGGGGAGACACAACGGUGGAAAUGAGAGAAGAAGAACUGGACGAGGGAGAGACCGAUGAUCCGUCCUUUUCACCUGGCGAGGAUGAGUCAUCUGAAGAUGAGGAACCGGAGCCGGCAUUCAGAAAAAGGCCCAGGCCUCCGGUGGUAGAGGCUCCGCCCGCUUCACCCUCACAAUCACAGCAGCCCUCUGAUGUUGUGACAGUGUCGGAUCAACCAGAUAUGUGUGAGGGCCAUGCAACUGGAAAUGAUGGGACUGUGUGGAAGCGUAUAAAGCCGGGAUUACGCACUGAGAGAGCGCAGUCACAGAGCACCUUGACUGAAGCAGCUGGUCCAACUGCACAUGCACGCUCUAACAUUGAUGACUAUUUGAGUGCGUUCAUGUGUCUGGUGGAUCGUGUCAUGCUGCAACACAUCUGCGACUGUACAGUGGCAGAGGCCCGUCGGUGUGGAUUAGACGGUUGGGAGUUGAGCCUGGCUGAGCUGAAAGCCUUCAUUGCACUCCUGUUAGCCAGGGGAGUGCAUUAUGGGAUGAAUGCAGACGUGGACGAUUUCUGGUCAAAUGAAUGGGGUCUCCCCUUCUUCAGCACCACCAUGUCCAGGAACAGGUACAGGGAGAUUAUGCGCUACCUGCAAUUUGACCGCAAAGACACCAGGCACACCCGACUCUCAGGUGACAAGUUUGCCCUCAUCAGUGAGGUGUGGGACAGACUGAUUCAGAACAGCAUCGCCUGUUAUAAUCCAGGGGCAGAAAUCACUGUUGAUGAACAGCUCUUCCCCACAAAGUCGCGCUGCCCAUUUUCCCGGUAUAUGCCCAAUAAACCGGACAAAUUUGGCAUAAAGUUUUGGCUCGCUGCUGAUGUGGAGACAAAAUACAUGCUAAAUGGCUUUCCUUAUCUGGGGAAAGAUACAAGUCACCCCGCAACACAGAGCCUAGAGGAGAGUGUGGUGCUGAAACUGAUGGAGCCUUUCGUAGGGAAGGGGAGAAAUGUAACCACCCGUUGUACAUCACUCUCCCUUGCCCACAAACUCCUGGCCAAAAACACCAGCCUUGUGGGCACCAUCAACAAAGACAGACGGUCCCUGCCUCCUUCUGUGCACCAGAAAGCUGCACUGCACGACACAAAAGUGCUGCAGAAUGACAGAACCACACUCACUCUCUAUCAGGGGGAAGACAAAAAGAAUGUUUGCAUCCUCAGCACCCUGCAUUCAUCAGUGGAGAUAUGCGAUGAUGCAGAAAAGAAGCCAGAGACAGUCCAUUAUUACAAUAGAACAAAGGUGGGAGUUGACAUGCUGGACAAGAUGCUGAGGCGAUACUCGGCCCGAGCCGCAACAAGAAGAUGGCCAGUCGCAGUAUUUUAUAAUGUACUGGACAUUGCCACACUGAAUGCCUGGGUCCUGUACCGGCGCUGCAUGGUUGCCAACACGACCCGGGGUUGCCAACACGACCCGGCGACACUUCAUUCUGGAGCUCUGCAAACAGCUGCGCAGAGGGUACCCUACCAGUCUUUCAUUCCUAGCCCAAGUGAGUGCAAGUCCUUUUUGGCAAGACUAACUGAAGCCUUCAAGGACUAUCCAGAGGACAAGAAGCCUCUGAUAACCAAAAUGGGCCUCACAGAGAAUGUGGAAUAUGUGGAUUGUGCUUUUGGUAAAGUCCCCAAAGGGUGCCCCCUGUCCUACCAGCACCCUGUGCCGUCAGCUCGGGAUCACAUCAUUUAUGACAAUGCUCCAUCUCGACCGCCGCUUCCCCUCCGCCAUCAUGCACUGGGACCAAUAUCUUCUUUUCCUACCCUCAGUGUCAAGGAACAGGAACAUGUGGACGUCAUGCAGAUCACCUGGGAAGCAGCACACAGUCUUGAGCAGUCCACACGUGGACGCAUGGAGGUAGUACAGGAUCUGCGGAAACUGCGCUUGACCAGCCGUUUCAGGGAGAUUUGCAAACUUAAACCUGGUCAGAGCAAUGCGGAGUACCUGAUAUACAAGAUACAGAAAGGAACCCGAAGGUGCAAGACGGAACAGAUAGAGGAGGAAAUGAAGGCCGAUGCAUUUCGGGAAUACUGUCAGCAUUUAUGUGUCAACUGGUCCCCCUGCGGUUUGGUUGUCCAUCCAGAAGCUCCGUGGCUGGGGGCGCUGCCUGAUGGGUUGGUGUAUGACCCCAGUGAAACACACAGUUACGGGCUUAUGCAUGUCAAAUGCAUUGCGUUGCGAAGCUUCGUCGAGUGCAAGUUCCUGUUCUGCCAGGAUGGCGUCAUGCAACUGAAGAGGUCCCACUCCUACUAUUGGCACAUCCAAGGAGAGAUGAUGGUGACGGGCAUGGAGUGGUGCGAUCUGUUGGUGUUCUCCAGAGAAACCAUGUUGAUUCAACGCAUCUACCGAGACAAAGCCAUCAUCAAGGUCAUGAAGAAGAAGUUGGAUGAAUUCUUCUUCCGUUACUACUUGCCAAGUCUGUUAUAA